AUGUUCAACCUCAACAGCACCAAGGGUGGCACCCAGGUGUCAACCUACGGCGACGAGGCCGCCAUCCCCAAGAGCCAUGUGCCCGACAAGUACAGAGGUACUUCGGCAGAUAAGGCCGACAUGAGUGCUUUGGGUAGAGAACAAGUCCUUCGACGUAACUUCCGAUUUAUUUCGAUCGUUGGGUUUGGAUGCACGCUGAUCGCCACGUGGGAAGUGGUUCUGACCCUGCUUGCACAAGGCUUGACCGAUGGAGGCACCGCGGGUUUAAUAUGGGGCUUCCUCAUCGUCGCAAGUGGAUUCCUACUAGUGUUCUUGAGUUUGGCCGAGAUGGCCUCGAUCGCCCCGACCUCGGGUGGUCAGUACCACUGGGUUUCGGAAUUUGCACCUCCCAGUUGCCAGAAGUUCCUGAGCUACAUCACCGGCUGGCUGUGUGCUAUGGGAUGGCAAUGCGCCAUUGUGUCUAUCACUUUUCUGGCGGGCACCAUCAUUCAGGGUCUGAUUAUCCUCAAUAAUGAGAACUAUGAUUCCCAACGGUGGCAUGGCACCAUGUUGGUGAUUGCCAUUACCACCUUUUCUAUUCUCUUCAACACCUUCCUGGCAAAGAAGCUGCCCUUUGUGGAGGUGUUGAUUCUCAUCCUUCACGUCGUCGGAUUGUUUGCCAUCAUCAUUCCCCUCUGGGUCCUAGCACCUCGUCGCACCGCCAAGCAGGUGUUUACCGAAUUCAACAACGGUGGUGGAUGGAACAGCGAGGGAACGGCCACCUUGGUAGGCUUUUCGACAACCAUCACCGCAUUAAUUGGAUAUGAUUGCGCCGUGCAUAUGUCCGAGGAAAUUAAGGACGCCUCAGAGACGCUCCCCAAGGCCAUGAUCACGUCGGUGGUCGUCAACGCGGCCUCGGGCUUCGUCCUACUGGUCACGGUCUGCUUCACAUUGGGCGACAUAGACGAUAUCCUGGCAUCGCCCACUGGCUACCCUUUCAUCCAAGUAUUCUACAAUGCUACCGAGAGUCUGCCGGGAACCAACACUAUGACGGCCAUCCUCGUCCUCACCCUGACGGCCAGCUCCAUCACCGAAGUAGCCACCGCAUCCCGACAACUGUGGUCCUUUGCCCGGGACCGCGGACUGCCGUUUUCGGGAUUCUUUUCCUACGUGAGUGAUGCCACGUGCUACGCUAUUACGUACAUAAAACUGACGCCAUCACAGGUUACUCCGGGCUGGAACAUCCCAUUCAACGCGGUGAUGGUGUCCUUCGUGGUCACUGCGCUGCUCUCGCUGAUUAAUAUCGGUUCCACAGUCGCUCUGCAGGCCAUCGUGACUCUGACUACCUCCUCGCUGAUGUCCUCGUACGUCGUUACGAUUGGAUGUCUCCUGCACAAGCGCCUGCGGGGCGAACCCUUGCCUCCCCAUCGGUGGUCGCUAGGUCGAUUCGGCAUGGCCAUCAACAUCGGGGCGCUGUGUUUUCUGCUCCCCGUGUUCGUGUUUGCUUUCUUCCCUCUGACCUCGACGGUGGACAAGGAGACGAUGAACUGGAACGUGGUCAUGUACUGCGGCAUCAUCUUCAUUGCCGUCACGUACUACAUUUUCCGUGGCCGACACUAUUACAUUCCCCCGGUGGCUUUGGUGAAGCGAGAGAUGUAG